AUGUCGGACAGUGAAGAAAAGUCUGGCGAUUCCUUGCGUGUCGUCGAAUUGUUCGCUGCCAUCAGGAAUAAGGAUGAACAGGCAUUGGCCGUAGUGUUGGAGCAUUCUACCAUCAAAACCGUCCUGAUGUUCCAAACAAAGUACGGCAUUUCACCAUUGGCGUGCUGUAUACGGACGGGUGACGUGAGUCAUCUUGGUUUGGUGCGCUGCUUGUUGAGAAGUGGACUGUGCGACAGUGAAGUGGUCGAUGGGAUCGGCGAAACGGUGCUGGCGAACUUAGCACAUGCGCCGAAUUAUAAUUUAAACUUCCUCCAACAUCUUAUCGAAAUUGUGAUCGAAGGAGUCGACGAUACGACCGCUUGCUACAUGAUGCUGAAACAUAACUCCCUAGAGCUGUUCAAGGUAUUUCUCGCGGUGAAGCAAUACGAUGAAGGCCGGUUAUUUGGAAUCCUCGCAAGUGCAUUAACUAAAUUAAACGUGAAACAGUUUCGUUUACCGACAAACUUGAAAAUGUUCGUGCUGUGGAAGUUGGGUGAUUAUGGAUAUAAGCAUUUAUCAGGCGAUUGGAUGGGAUCGCGCCAGACAAGCUCUGAUGCAUGGAAGGCCCACGUGGAUGUGAUAAGCGCAUGUUGGAACCACAUUGCGGAGAAGUAUGACACCGGGACGUACGAGAAUAUUGACGGUCAAUUGCUGUAUCGAUUGCAUGUCAUUCACAACCAUCUGUACUUUCUUCAGCACAUACAGUUUCUCGAGUAUCUGCCGCUGCGGGAGGCAAUAUUUUGUCUGGCCAUUUUUAUUAAUACCUUCAAGCCACAGCCGAGUUUAUCGUUUGAAGUUUAUCAUUUGACGGUGCACAAGUGUCUUGUGGUUGACUUUGUACGCAUGAUUUCCUUUCAGUUAGUCCGCGUGAAACGAUGUCUUGAGAGCGCGGAACAAGAGCUAAUGUCGUUGAUGGCGGAUGCAGAAUCCUUUAUAGCUCCCAUGAAGAUCGAUCUGAUUGAAGAGUUGGCGAAGAGGGUCGAACUUUCUGUUGUAGGGAAUCAACAGUACAGCAGUCAGAAUAGAUUAAACAGCAAUAAAGACGAGGUCAUACGAAUCCUGAUGCAAAAGGUGAAAAAAGCCGAUAGAAAAUGUGGCGAGGUAAAGAUGGGCGAGCUCAAGGCGAUACGGGAAAAACAACACGAUUAUCUCAUCAAAGAGCUAAAAUCCAGACUGAAACACGUAGUACAUCCACAAAAUAUCGCCGAUCGAAUAAUCGCUCAAACAAAGCGAACCCCUUCUGCAGAUCACUCGGUGAUCGCCGCUGAUAUUGUAGCAGGUGCUUUGUUUAAUUUGGAGCAUUUAAUGCGCGGUAAAGAUCGCCGUACGAGACGAAGGUUGAUCAAGUGUUACAGUCAAAUGAAGCAAUUGUACUCUCUAAACAAAAUUAUCACCACCUUCGGACAUGUGGCCGCAGUUAGCCCAACAAAUGUGGAAGUGUUUCGUGAUUGUUUAAAGCGUGCCGUCACGGUGCUGGGAGAGACGAUGAAAAGUACGAAAAGUACCCCAAACAUGCCUAAUGAUCGCUUGCAGGAUGCGCUGGAACAGAUGCUUACAUCGCACUUUUCUGAAAUUAACAUUUUACAUCGAAACAACUAUGCACGCGAAUUCUCUCUGGCACGGUUGGUGAUUAACGGUGAGUUGGAGCGUAGAGUUUACAGUGUGAUACCCAAACAUACGGCCUGUAUAAGUAUGGUUAUAAAUCUGCUGUUUGUGAUACUGCUGGCAGACAUUCGUCGCAGCUUCUACGGAUUGCUCGUACGGUGCAGUACUAUGCAACAGUUACGUGCCUUGCUAAUUAUGGCAGGCGAAAAAGAUACAGUGCUUCAAAUGCAGCAGAAUGCCUUACAAGCGGUACAUUUGUAUUUCACCAAUAUAAGGACACUGUUUGUGGAACUACGCGAGGGACAGGUUGCACAAACCGUCCAAUUCACGGACGUGGAGAAACAGUUUAUCGUUCAAUGUUCGAUUGUUGAAGAGCUGGAAGCUAUGUUGGCGGUCGAGGCUGAGUUCAAUUUUGAGAGCUUAAGAAAAACAUGCUUUUCAUGCAACUGCAUAUCAACAAUACGCAGGAUGCUGCACUGGAAGAUAAACUCGUACCAUCCCAACCGACUGCUCGAAACCAUCUGUACUAAAUGGGACCCAAACCUGGAGAAUCUGUCGUACAUUGAACUGUUGGAUCAUCGGAUAACGUGGAUCAAUCCUACGACUGUAACGAAUAAUCUCUUAAUGUUGCUGAAAGUGUACAGUUCGGCUGAUGAAACCCACCAACUCUAUCGCACCCGGGAACUGAUCGAAACUAUGGAGGUAGUGGUUGCGGAAGAGGACGCAAUACUGGAGCUGAAUAGAAUGCUACGUCCGUACUAUGAGAACAUUUUCUUCUUGGACAACAAAUGGAAGGCGUUGGAAGCGUUUUGCAGACGGCGUCAGCUACCAUGGAAUACCUCGCUCGUGCGUAAACUUCGGCGAACGGAUCAAGCACAUUUACAGGCGCUGUUCGAUGAGCGACGCGCCAAGCUACGAUCCAUACUAGAGCAGAACGAUAUACGAAUGGUAAAUGCUCUAGACGUCGCGGUGAUAAUUUUGGACAAAGAUAUUCGCGCUUCCCUCGAGCAUCUCCAACUGGAACUGUGCGAAAUGCUAAUCGCGGUGGGUUACUUUGGUGAUAGCUUUCACUACGUCAAGCAACGCAUUCCGAUGUUACAGGGCAAAAACUACCGAAAUCUGCUUGCGCACGAUUCACUGUCCUACAAUCUGCUCACGGACAGUGGUGAUGAAAAGCUUAUAGUUAAUGUGUUCAUCUUUACCAACACCGAAGUUCGUUUGUUUGAUAAAAAAUGCAACGGUCCGGCAGACCUACACUUUCCCUCCCUGGAGGAUACGGAGAGAUGGGUUGAGGAACAACAGAAGCUACUGGCAGCCAUAAGGAUGAACGAUUUGAGAAAAGUUUACGAGACGAUGCGUUCCGGUGGUGAAAUAAAAAGCUUGUUUUGUUCUUCACGAAACAUUGAUCACUAUCCUGCGGCGAACCUUCCGAUAGAAUGCCAUCUACAAGGAAUCUGCAAUCCGGAUCCGUCCAUUAUAGCGCUACUCGGUCUUUACAUUCCAAAUCUUCCGCAUCUGUAUCAGGAUUCAAAGUUCCUGUUCGAGUGUGCAAUAGUGCGACGCGACUUUGAUGCUGCCAUCAAGUUCACAAACGAAAGUGGAUUAUUUUGUGAGGAGUUCUACUCUUGGCCGAACUUUACGUCGCACACAUUAUUCGAAUUGAUCGUCUCAAAAAUGACACCAGAAAGAGUUGUAGAACACUUUCUGGAUUACGGCAAUGAAAGUGGUGUUGAAGAAAUGGUCGACCACCGUAAUGAUCACAUCAUCACCGGAAGCGAUCCUGGUAUUGUAUGUAAAGCUAUUCUUCGAGGUCUCCGCUCGACUGUUGAGCUUUUCGUGCGUAAAGCGCACCGAUUGCAUCCGAAGUCACUAGAGUUGGCAAUUGUAAUGCACUGGAACGAUGUGUUGAGUAAGAUUGCGGAGAAAACUGAUAUUGAUGAUAGCGUGUACGUUACUCUGCUCCGGACGUCGAUAAAAGCGAACAACGAUACUGCUUUAAAACAUGUUAUCAACAACCAUCAGCUAACCUCGGAUGCGCUGCGCCAAUGUUAUCUGACGGCUGCGUCUUUUGGAAGAUGUGCUGUUUUAAAGUAUUUACUGAAACAUUUUCCACCAAUGGACAGGAGCGUACUGUCAGCUGCCAUUCACAGUGCUACACUUUACAACCACUGGCAGUGUGUACGGUUGCUGUUGGAUGCAGAUGCGGCCGUUGAUGUGCUAAUGCCUGACUAUCAAGGUGCGGAAUCAAACGUGCUCCUGCUGCUUAUCAUGUUCGAGCAGAGUAGAUUGAUACGACGAAUAAAGUCUGUAAAUUGUUCUAUUUACGGCACAGUUACGGAUCAUCCAUUUGCGGUAGCUUUGCGCUACGAUACGGCAUCCAGCACAGUGCUACGAGCAUUAAGUGCACUUGGAUUUGGUUGGCUCGACAGCUCCGCAACGUUGCAUGAAGCGAUUUUGCAAGGAUACGAUCAGCCUGCUUGGAAUAUCAUGUGGAGGGAAAUUGACGAUCAACUUGCACCCCGUUCUACUCCAGCUUCCGAUCACUGUACACUGCACACGAAUGUACUUCAGCGCUGGCGGUUGAUCGCUUUCGUUGAGGAGUGUAAAAUGGACCGAACUGCUUUGGGUUGUGCUGCACAACUGAAUGAUUCCAGAAUACUGUGCACACUGCUGGAUCGGUUGCGCAGUAUGCGACGGUACGAUGACAUCGGAGUGUUAGAUGAUAUUGCGUUUCUUGUUGGUUCCUCCAUCGUAAGACACUACAAAGCAGACAAAAGCGUUAAUGGAAACGUAACGUCAUAUUGCGAAGAUAUGAUUAGCAGGAUACAUACCUGGCAUGCGACAACAAACGAUGUACAUUGGAAAGAGCACAUGAUAGAUGCUGGAGACAUAUCCAUUAAGUUUGCCAUACCUGCUUAUCUGCAGAUAAGCGACAACGCAGCUUACUUCCGCAUCACAGACAGUUCAUCACUCACUGGAAGCUUACAAGACUUGCAUAAGAUCAGCAACUCGUUAUUCACCACGCAUGCAAUGGUAUACGCUACGUUUCGUAAAGAUGACCGCACUGUAUAUUUCUUGCGAAUUGAUAACGUCUGUUGUGCGUACGACAUCUACGCACCGGAUAGACGGAUCGAUUUAAGCAACAUUCUAAACGCCAGAGCUGGAGGUGGCGAAACUGUUUUGAUGACGGCUAUUAAACAUGAACGCCAGCUGGAAAUGGUCCAAAUGUUAGUAGAGGAGGGUGCAAACCCUUUGCUAGCAGACAGCCACGGCAGUACACCAAUCGGCUUGGCAGCAGAUUACCCGUCCCCUGAACUAACACUGUAUUUGUUGGACGAAUGUCUGCAGCGGGAUCUGCGCAAUGACGAGGGAGUUGAUGUGUUGACCGUUUCCGAUGGAACCGGGGGAUAUAAACUAAUCCACAAAGCCACUGUAAAUGGACAUGAAGAGAUUUUGGCUCGUUUAUUUCAGCUCCAAGUUGACGCCACGACCCAAAACAUUUACGGCUACACACCGGCCCACAUUGCGGCAAAAAUUCCACUUACUAAUGCCAUCUCCAUGAUGAAACAGUUGCUAGAUUACGACCGUACACCGGUGGACAUGUUGGAUAUCACAGGUGCCACCUUGUUGCGUUUGGCCGGUCAGGUCGGCUCGAUUGAAAUGCUCGACCUGUUGAUGGAGUACAAUCCAGAUCUUACCUUACAACCCAAUCGAGCGGCAUUGUACCAGGCGAUCGAGCUCCAACACGUCCAGUGGGCAAAACGUUUCUUGGAACAUGCUGUAGACCGAGGUAUCCCGAAAGUUACGAGCAUGGAGGAUAAUGGUGAUGAUGCUGUGAUUCUAUCAAUGAAAUGUGCUGACCUUGAACUGUCUCGUGCCUUGCUCGAGUAUGAGCUAGGACACCCAUUGGAGGAGAUAAAUGUAUGCGAUCUACCGAGAAUUGAAGCCGUCCUGAAAGCAUCUACCUCAAAGAUUCCACAAGUCCCAGUGGAGCAUCUGCUAAAAUUAAAAGGAUUGAAUGAAUCAGAUAACUUUCUCACAUUCUUGCAGAAACUGAUACAGGAACCUAACCCUUAA